AGACAGGGUUUUUCCCGUUUCUGAAUUUGGAUUCCUUUAGGGUUUUAUAUCAGGGAAGCUAUUAUCCAUGGCUACUCCAAGCCAUCACCAAAAUCCGACCAAUCCAACCAGAAAAAAGAAAACCCUGAAAAACCCAGUAGCCAAUUUUCUAUAUGAACUCCAUUCUUGCUCCAAAUCCAAGGACCUCAAAGCAGCAAUUUCGCUCUAUGAGUCUGCUAUUUCCAACGAAACUCGCCUCAACCAAGACCAUUUCAACACACUGCUUUACCUUUGCUCCACUUUUGCCACCGACCCCUACUCCAAAGACCUUGCUUUACAAUAUGGGUUUCGAGUUUCUGACCAUAUGAUGUCCUUAAAUAUCCGUCCUAACGAAGCUUCUGUUACCGCCAUUGCCCGCUUAGCCGAGGCCAAAGGUGAUGGGGAUUACGCUUUUGAAAUUGUUAAAACGUUGGGUGAUUAUCAGGUUCCGCCACGGCUUCGUACUUAUGAGCCUGCAUUGUUUUGUUUUUGCCAGAAGUUGGAAGCUGACAAGGCUUAUGAAGUUGAGGAGGAUAUAAAUAUCAUGGGAUUGAGCUUGGAGGAACCUCAGAUUGCUGCUUUAUUGAAACUUAGUGCGGAUACGGGGAGAGAGGAGAGAGUCUACAAUUAUUUGCAUAAGUUGAGGAGGAGCGUGAGGUGGAUCAGUGAUGAAACAGGGAAGAUUUUGGAGGAUUGGUUUUUAUGUAAAACAUGUGAGAUUGGUUCUGAGGGAGCGAAAUAUGAUGUGGAUUCAGUGAAAGAAGCGAUUUUGAUGAAUGGUGGGGGGUGGCAUGGGUUGGGGUGGAUUGGGGAAGGGAAGUGGGUCGUGAGGAAAGGGAAUGUUGAGUCGAAUGGUCGAUGUUGUAGCUGUGGAGAACAGUUGGAUUGUGUUGAUAUCGGUGACGUCGAGACAGAGAAGUUUGCGCUUUCGGUUGCUGGCUUGGCUAUGGAGAGGGAGGUUAAGGCUAACUUUAGGGAGUUUCAGGAUUGGUUGGAAAAAAAUGCCAAUUAUGAAGCCAUAGUGGAUGGAGCAAAUAUUGGGCUCUACCAACAAAAUUUUGCAGAUGGUGGAUUCAGUGUUAUUCAGCUCGAUGCUGUCGUAAAAGAAAUGUAUACUAGAACUGGGAAUAAAUGGCCACUUGUCAUCCUGCAUAAUAAACGUGUGCGAGCCCUCUUGGAAAAUCCUUCCUCUCGAAAGAUGGUUGAAGAAUGGAUGGCUAAUGGUAUUCUUUAUACAACACCUCAUGGUGCCAAUGAUGACUGGUAUUGGCUUUAUGCUGCUGUAAAACUUAGAUGUCUGCUUGUGACGAACGACGAAAUGCGAGAUCACAUUUUUGAACUCCUAGGAAACAGCUUCUUUCUCAAAUGGAAAGAAAGGCACCAGGUUCGAUAUACUUUUCUGAAAGGAACCCUGAAACUUCAGAUGCCACUCACAUACUCUAUCUUCAUUCAGGAAUCUGAGAAAGGAUCAUGGCAUGUCCCCAUUGUAGGCAACAGUGACGAGGAGACAUCGAGAACUUGGCUUUGCAUUACCAGGCCAGGUGCUUGUGAAGAUGGCAGUAAAACUUGUGAAAUCGAUAAUGGACCCUGCUGCAAGUCACCCAUAUCAGAAGAAGGCGAGAACAGAAGCCAUGAAAAAUCCGAUGAUAAAAGCACAUCGAUGACAGGUAAAAGAAAAGAUAGAUCCCCUUGAUUCUAUUCAACUAUUGUUACAAGUGGCAAAGCUGAAACCUGUUUCAAAGUGCCCGGAGUAGUUCUUGUAGUUUGGUUUGUAUCAUUUAAUCUGCAAUUCGAAACACACUUCCAUUUU